UCUCUCUCUUGCCUCUCUGUCCCCCUCCUCUCUCUCGCCUCUCUGUCCCUCGCCUCCCUCCUCUGGUGUAAGCGCAUGGCAGGGCAGCAGAAUCGCUAAUGAAGAAAGUGCCCAAUUUAGCCUCCUCAGCUGCGCGCUCCUCUGAGAUGUGCUUCCUGCCUGCCUCUCUGCCUGGGUGCAGCGGGGCGGUGCGCUGUGAGUGGCUGCACUGGAGCUGACAUCACAGGGACCAGCUGUUGAUUUGUUGCUAUCUCUGAGGCUGGGGCGAGUCAGUGACUCUGUCGGGCGCCUACUGAGGGGCUCUGGCAGGUGGACUCGCGCGCACACACACCAACCCACGACGAUAGGAGGCUGUGAGGCUACUGCAGGGAGUGAGUCGCUCCGAGCAGCUACGUCCUCCUCAACCAAUGCUGCCUUGGGUACUAUGGACAACUCCAGCAGCUUGCAAUGAACAUAAGGAGGGCUACUAUGUGGCAGGUCUGUGAUGGCCAUGAGCAGCUUGGAGGGCAGUGCCACCGAGGCCGUUCAGAUCUGGACACCAGCGACUCCGAGCUGGUGCUAAGGACAUGGGACUCUCCCUCAGAGUUAGCGACAGGCUCAGCAGCACUAGACGUUACAGUGACAAACCAGUGGUGGAGCAGGCCUGCACCCAGAGCCUUCUCACCCCCUGUAGGACGUCACCACCACCACAGGACCAGCAGCACACAGUCCCCAGUAACAGCAGUGUUGUAUAGAGACUCUCUGUAAGCUGUGCGUCUGAUGAGGAUGUCUGAUCCUGUUACUGUAAAGGACAUCAGUAGGACUGACACUGAGACCAUGAAGGUUUGUGAGGCUGGAGUGGAGCUGGAGGCAGCAGACUCCACCACAACGCCUGGAGCAGACAUUAGCCUUAACGGUGUGAAGGAGCAACACAAACAGUCUGGGAGACUGGUGCUGGAACACAAUGUGACCGGUCACCAAGACCAAAGCUGCUGUGACAACAAGAGGGAAACCUCACAGCAACACACUCUAUCAGCUGGCCAGCCAGUGAGGCGUUCUAAGUCGAAGGCAAAGUUAAAGUUAGUACGGAGCCUAGCUGUCUGUGAAGAAUCCUCUCCUCCCCUUACUGAGCACCAGCUGACACCAGAUCCUCAGGAUCAGAUUCACAUCCAGAUAUCCCAGUCCUUUGAUAAGGAGGAGCUGUCUGCCAAGGGUGAGAAAGAGAAGGUUGAGAAACCAGAGAAGAUGCCCAGGAAAAUGCUGUCAAGAGAUUCCAGCCAGGACUACACAGACUCUACUGGAAUAGACCUGCAUGACUUCCUGGUCAACACUCUACAGAACAACCCCAGAGACAGAAUGAUGCUGUUGAAGUUGGAGCAGGACAUUCUGGACUUUAUCAGUAAUAAUGAAAGCCAGAAGAGGAAGUUCCCCCCCAUGACGUCGUACCAUAGAAUGCUGCUACACAGAGUGGCUGCCUACUUUGGCAUGGAUCACAAUGUUGACCCCACCGGGAAGUCGGUCAUCAUCAACAAAACUAGCAAUACAAGAAUACCAGAUCAAAAAUUCUCAGAACACAUAAAAGACGACAAAACAGACGAUUUCCAAAAACGCUACAUUCUCAAAAGAGACAACUCCAGCUUCGACCGGGAAGACUGCAUGAUACGAAUGCGCCUGAAAGACGACAGGAGAAGCAAAUCUAUCGAGGAGAGAGAGGAGGACUAUCAGAGAGCCAGGGACAGGAUAUUUGCACCAGAUGGAGAUCAUUUCCAUCUAGAUGGAAGGACCCCUGAUGAAGAGGCUUGUAUCAGCACACAACAGAGACGGCAACUCUUCAGACUAGGGGAUGGGCGAUCAGCCAGCAGUAGACAGAGCAGCUCUGAGAAUGACCCCAAGAACUCUGAUGCCCGGCCGUGGAGCAGCACUGAUUCAGACAGCUCCAACCGUAACCUGAGGCCGACCAUGACCAAGGCCAGCAGCUUCAGCAGCAUCUCUGUCCUCAUCAGAGGAGACAGCUCAGCCAGCAGCAAGAGCACCGGACGUCUCUCCAAAACAGGUUCUGAGUCUUCUAAUAGUGUAGGGUCUUCUACGAGUUCCAUCUCUCGCCCCCAAGUACUCCACCUGCCUCUCCCGCUCCCCGUCCCUGCUGCUCUAACCCAGGCAGCCGGCCCCGUCGGCGGCCCCAGCACGGUGCAACCUCUAACCCAGGCAGCCGGCCCCGUCGGCGGCCCCAGCACGGUGCAACCUCUAACCCAGGCAGCCGGCCCCGUCGGCGGCCCCAGCACGGUGCAACCUACACCCUCCUCCGCUGCCACGGCUCCCAGCAGUAGUAGAAGUUCUGUGCACUGUGAGCAGGGCAGCAGGAAUGGCCCGGUGCCUGCAUCCGGCCCAGCGCCAACCCAGACCACUGCUAAUGCUACUAGCUACUAUUUCCUUUCCCCGGAAGCCACAGGGAUACCUCCUGGCAGUAUACUGGUCAACCCACACACAGGCCAACCCUUUGUGAACCCUGAUGGCAGUGCUGUGGUCUACAACCCCUCUAUGACCUCACAGCAAGGUGGGAGGAGCCAGCAGCCCUUGGCCCCUCCCCUACCGCCCCCAGCCCCGCACCAGCCAGCCAAUCAAGUCCUCUCCCAGCCGGUUCGGCAUUUCCAGCCCUCUGCUCCACAGCCGAUCCAGUACUCAACGAUAUCUUACCCUCCUCCUCAGUUCCUGCCACUCUCCUCUAACCAACACCAACAAUACACUUUGCAAGAUGGCCUGGCUGCUCAGUUCAGCCACAUGAAUCUGGUGCUCCAGGCGUCCAGCGACGGCACGAACGGUGGCCCCCACCCUGCCAUGUACCCCUCGGGCCCUGUGGUGCUCCAGGCCCCCCUGCAGCACCAGCAGACUGGCUACAUGGUGGCCCCUCCAGGGCCACCUGUGGUUGGGCAAACCCAGGCCUACCCCACCCCCGGCCCUGCACACCCUAUGAGCCAGCCGCUCAUGCAGCAACAGGGCUACAUGCAGCAGCAGGUACAACCGAUGCAGACAUGUUACUGUGCUCCAGCCCAGUACCCCCACUCCCACUCCCACUCCAACCAGCACUAUCGCCCUAUCAGCCCCGUGCACUACACCAGCCCCCAGAACCAGCCUCUACUCCAGCAGCCAGGUUACCAGGCUGGGAUGCCAAAUCAGCCCCAGAGCCCUCACCAUCAGAGUGUGGUGACACAUCAGAACCUAGUGAGCAACCAGCAGCACAGCAAUAUGGGAAAUCACAUGACGGGCUUCAUGGUCCAAUACCCUUCUAUGCCAUCUUAUCAGGUAUCCAUGCCCCAGGUCUCUCAGAACAUGCCUCCACAUCAGCAGACAUGUCAACAGCCAAUGCUGAUCCAGAGUCAUCCAAGCCCAGGUCCCAUGGCCAUGUCAGGCAUGCAGGUCUACUACAGUUCCACGCCACCAAAUCAACACAGCAGUAUGAGUUCGUCGGUGGGUUUCUUACCUCCUCCGGGGUCAGAGCAGAUGCAGUUUCCCCGGGCCGCGUCUCCGUGUGGAACCCAGCAGCUACCAGGACAGCAGUGCACAGGUGUGCAUCCCGGUCCUCACAGUGGCGGUAUGGUGAUGAUGCAGCUGACCCUGCCCCCUAACCAUCAGCCCAGAGCACACUCCCCUCCACAGUGGAAACACAACAGAUACUACAGUCUGGAUCACACACGCAGCCAGAGGUCCUCAGAACAACUAGACAACUCUCAGAACGGUCUCCAGCUGGGCAGCCCCAGCACCCCUCCGGCCCAGCCCCCAGCCCCAACCCAUCAACUCACCUCCAUAAAGAACCUCCGCUCUGCUGGCCUCACCCCCAUCCCCAUAAUGACCCAGUUCCCCAGACCCUUUGGCCCAGGGCAGGCAGGGGACGGCAGGUACCCAUUACUGGGUCAACCCCUCCAGUACAACCCCGCCAUCAGGCCUCCGCUGAUCCACGGGACACACCACAUGAUCCCCAACCCCCACCACGGCCCAAUGGGAAUCCGGCAUCAUGGGGGGCGAGGGAGGAGACCACCGCCCAGGAAGUCAUCUGAUCUUAGUGUAGGUGACCCAGUGAAUGGUGGAGUCCUGGAGGUGCUGGAGCUACCAGAGGGCAUCAGCCGUACGGAGGCAGACUCUCUCCUGGGGGAACUGUACAGAGGAGGGGCCAUGAUCAAGUGGUUGUCUGAGACCCAACACCAGAACCAGUCUGGUGGAACCCUGCUGAAGCACUGUGGGGCUGGGGGGGACGGUAGUAACGGUGACACAAACACUGACACUACUUCCUGUUCCAAACCCCCCAGUAGUAACCAUAACGACCUGGCGUCCACCUACACCAUCCUGGCUGUGUUUCCCUCCAGGUACGCAGCUCAGAAUGCCUUGCUCAGACACAGUGGCCCUGCUGGCUCUGGGCCCCUCCUAACCACCACCACCACGUUCAAACUCAGAACUAGCAAGAGACACUCUGAUGAGUUUCACAACCUAGAGAGGACCAGCUCUCAAUAGCAGGGCGGGGUGCUGUAGCCAGCCAACCUGGAGAGGACCAGCUCUCAAUAGCAGGGUGGGGUGCUGUAGCCAGCCAACCUGGAGAGGACCAGCUUUCAAUAGCAGGGUGGGGUGCUAUGUUACUAGGGGCCCUGUGAGGUUGUUCUAGGGGCCCCCACGGGGUGCUAUGAGGGGCUACCCAUCAUGGGCCCUCGCCAUGGCCCCUCCACCACCUCCUCCACUGCUGCCAUCGGCCGACCAACCAGACACCCUUCUUCUGCCAGCAUCACUCACUAGUCUCCAUUACCCACCGGACUGACAGACAGACUGAUGGAGUAUCACUAUGUUGGCAUUAUCUAACAGGUUUUUCACUUGAGUUGUAGAAGCUUUCUGGAAAUGUGUUAAUGCCUUUGCAAUGUUCUCCACUUCUUGAGAUGAAAAUGAAAACAUGUAAAAAUUAUCCGACAACACACCAAUGUUGAAACACAAGAGAAAAACCCCCCACAAGAAUGAAGUUCCAAAAGUGUAAUAUUAUUUUAUUUGCAGACAACAUAGCAAAGAGCAGCAUGUUUUAGUUUAUUUUAAUUUUAUUUAGUUUUAUAUUUGUUAAAAGCUGCGGUCAGAACACCCAAAGCAGGGUUGUACUCAUUCAUUACAAGAGGAGAAUAUACCAAGUGUCUCUCUUUGGGCCGGAUUCUGAUUUGAGAUCUGCAACGCAUAACUCAGAUCUCAAGUUAAAAAUGACCCAGUGACAUAAAUUCUUGAUUUACACGAAAGCCUGAGUUGUGCGGACGUAUAAUAUCAAGUUAGGAUUCGGCCCGUAGAGUCAGUCUCCUGUUAGUCAGUUGGUGUGCUACGUCAACAGCAGAUUAGAGUCUUCUAGAACAAGGUUGUCUCCCGAAUGGCACCCUAUUCCCUACAUAGUGCACUACUUUUGACCAGAGCCCUAUGGGACCUGGUCAAAAGUAGUGCACUAUAUAGAGAAUGGGGUGUCAUUUGAGACUGAACCCAACAGAAUGGUUUUGUUUUUGUGCCUUCUAACUCGACUCUGGUGCCACUAUCCAUCUCUCUCUCAAACACCCAUCAAUACAAGACACCCCAUCCAAUUCUAUUUGAACAAACUCUGACCCACCCAUUCAUUCACAAUAAAUCAUCAAUGAUAUGGUAGCUAAAUUAUUCUGUCACUUUUCUACACAGUAAAUGGUAUCUUUGCACUGGCACAAGGGAGAAAGAUGUUUGUUUUGAAAGUGUUUUUUUUUUUUUUUUGGUUUAUCGUUUUUUCUUUUGGUUUUUAAGUUAAAAGAUGAGCAGAAGCUUUGGUGCAUCUCAUUGAUGGUAUAUUCUAUUUUAGCUAUUCUAAAAUGAAUGGCCUCUGUUCAGUCUACCCAUUCCCUAGUUCCGUCUCUAUUCCCCUACAUAGUGCAUUACUUAUGGCCAGAACCCUAUGGGCCCUGGUUAAAAGUAGUGCACUAUAUAGGGAAUAGGGUGGCCAGGCCAAAUUCCUUUCAUAUUUAAUUCAUGUUUUACCGUUUGUAUCCCAUCAGAAGGGUCAUUGGAAAAAUCCUUCACAACAAUGCCCCAACCCCAUCCUACCCAAAAAUAUGUAUAUUUAAGAUGGUUGUUGAUGGUGGAUUCAGGAGAGAUGUACAGUCUGCUGGUGCAAGAUGUUUUUAUUUCUGUUUGAAACCAAUAAAUGUUUACAACAUAA